AUGUACCUGAAAUUGUUUGCCACCGCCAGAAAAAGACAGUAGAAGAUGAACAAGAAGAAGUAGGACCGGUGUAGGUCAUGUUGCUUCAGACAUGUCGGUGUUUUUCCCCACUGUGCUGCUCUGUGUCUACGGCUUCUUUACCAGCCUGCGGCCGUGCGAGCCCUUCCUCACCCCCUACCUGAUGGGACCAGACAAGAACCUGACGGAGACUCAGGUUGUCAAUGAAAUCUUUCCAGUAUGGACGUAUUCCUAUCUGUUCCUGCUGUUCCCCAUCUUCCUGGCCACUGACUUCCUCUGUUAUAAGCCGGUGUUGAUGCUCCAGGCCAGCAGCUUAGUGGUCACCUAUGUCAUGCUGUGGAGGGCACAGGGCAUGCUGGCCAUGCAGCUUCUGGAGUUUUUCUUCGGUCUGGCCACAGCUUCAGAGGUGGCCUACUAUUCCUACAUCUACAGCGUGGUGGAGCCGGAGCACUACCAGAGAGUGACUGCUUACUGCCGCAGCGUGACUUUGUUCGGAUCAGCGGCUGGAUCUUUGACCGGUCAGGUGCUGGUAUCUGUGGCCAAAGUUGACAGGGUCUACCUCGUCAUCAUUACGCUGGCGUCAGCCUCCGUGUCUUUUCUGGUGCCCUGCUUUCUCCCCAUGCCCAAGAGGAGCUUGUUCUUCCACAGGCAUGAAGGGGCAGAGGAGGCUAGGCUCCGCAGCAGCAGCAGAACCGCCACCAGGAUGGAGAAGGCGGAGGAUUCGGAGAGCAGGGUGCCGCUGAACAGGCCGGACAUCUCCAGGGCAUCCAGGUCCUCUGAAGCAGGAAGUGGUAGCAGGGGGCUCGUGGCGGUCCUGCGGAUGCUGUUUGAUGACUUUGUGCAGUGCUACAGGUGUCGCACCCUGCUGGCCUGGUCACUGUGGUGGGCUCUGGCCACCUGUGGCUACUUCCAGAUCAUCAACUAUUCUCAGCCGCUGUGGGAGCACAUUCGUCCAUCCGAGAAAAACGUCAUCUACAACGGCUAUGUAGAGACCCUGUCCACGCUACUCGGGGCUCUGGCAGCGCUGCUGGUGGGCUGCCUGCCUGUGACCUGGGCUCUGUGGGGGGAGUUGGCUCUGUGUGUGCUCUCCUUGCUCAUGGCUGUGUGUGUGUUUGUCAUGAACACGGAAGACAUCUGGCUGUCAUACAGCUUCUACGUUCUCUUUAGAACCACUUACAUGCUGCUCAUCACUGUGGCCACGUAUCAGGUUGCGGCCAGCCUGAACAUGCAGCGGUAUGCGUUGGUGUUUGGAGUAAACACUUUUGUGGCUCUGCUGCUGCAGUCUCUGCUCACACUGGUGGUGGUGGACUCCUCUGUCCUGGGCCUUAAAGUCUUCACUCAGUUCCUCAUCUACGGUGCCUACUUUGCUGUCAUUUCUGUGAUCUUCCUCUUUGCUGGGCUUUAUAAACUGGCCUCCAGGCGGCACUCGGAGCAGAAGGCUCUGCCCGGCAGACGAGCGCAAUCUGAGACGGACUCUCCACCGAUCGGUGGUACAGACUCCAGGACAUAGCACAGCGAUUAGAGUCUCACACGCGGGGGUGUGGAUCCACAGGCUGAGCUCAGGAAUGUCCACUCACUUUCUUUAUGUGCCAGAGUAGACUGUAAGUAGAAGGUAGAUGUCAGACUGCCUGCACUCACCUCGCACAAUGACUUUUUAGUGAAGAGCUCUGACAAGCAGACACACAGCUGAUGAGGUGUGAAAUAUCUAAACGUGCAUAUCGAAAUAGUGUACCUGUGAGAUAUGUUCUUCUUUGGUGGGUUGACCAUCAAAGAAGUCAGCCAUGUUAGCCAGUCUGGCUUUAAUAGACCAUCUUUGCUGAUGUUUGUUUGUUCCUAUAAAUGUACAGUACGCACACAGGCUGCUCCUUAGACUUGAUAUAAACUUGAUAAAACUGCUGAAAAAUCAGUAGCAAUGGUACGUUAUUAGCACUUCUACCUCUGUGCUGCAGAGCAAGUAUUAGAUGUGUUUGUGUUUCUUCUGGUAACUGCAUGCGUCACUGGCAUGUCCACACAGUGCAACUAAACUAUCAUCAGAAUCAAUGAACAUGUUCACCUGCAUACUAAGAUCUGAGGGAUGUUAGGAAGCCUGUGAAAAGGUCAGAAACGGCUGAACGAGACAUGUCAAAGACAAGUCCCACAAGACUAGUGUCUCCCUGUCUGUGGCUCUGAGGUCUGAGCUGGAUUGGUUGGCACAAAUAUCUAAAAAAUCAAAUUUGAGAAUUUUUAUAAUGCAUCCAUCUCCGUGUGUGUGUGUGUGUGUGUGUGUGUGUGUGUGUCUGUUUAGAUGUCUUUGUGGGGACCAUAAAUUGGAAGUUUACUAUACUUGUAGGAACCAACAGCCCUUAUAGGGACCAAAAUCCCCACAAGUUUGAGGAUAUUUUUCACACUCAAAAUGUGGUUUUAGUGUCAGUGUUACAGUUCGGUUAUGGUUAGGUAUUUAGGAGUUAUGACUCAGUUUGUUUUUCCUUAAAACUUAGGCGCACCGUCCUAGGGAUCGGCUGCAGCAUCCUGACUCCCAUCGGUUCUUCUUCCUCCUUCUGUUAACAUGCUCCUCUUCUUCUUCGUUGUUUCUUAUGAAUGACAUUCUUAUAUAUUGCUGAUAUUUUCCAUCACCCCCAUUUUUUCAUAUAAGACCUGCUGUGGUCUCUAAUCAAAGUAUGGUACAACAAACAGUCAAAUCUCACCCACUUAUAUUCUACCUUUAUUUUUCUAUUUUGUCCUCGAAGGUCAGGUCUCACAACACCACUCUGGAGGGGAUUCAGCCUCCAAAGUUUUAUAGUUUUAAUUUGACUAUUCAUAUCAGUAUACAAUUUUAAGACCAUGCAACUAGUAAAUCACCAGAAAUUACAACAUACAAUUAGUAUUCAUAACCUUAUUUGUCAAUCCCAUGCUGCCAUGCAGUUUCCGUGGAGAAAGCCUGUGUUUACUUUCUAUCACUUAUCCUAACCUUUAACCUUUAAUUUUUUUGGGGGGGGGGGGGCAUUCAACAAGUCUGUUCAGGGCUCUCUUAGUGUUUAUUUUCAGUCUCACAUGGAGCACUUGGGGUAAUGUUUUUCUCAUCCCUGCAGGAGUAGGACCAAAACAAUAGGCCUUCAGUCCAUUUUGCUUUUGAAGCUUCCUUUAUUUUUUGUUUCACACUCUUACUUUGGUUCCAUGGGAUGUAUGGUCAAUAAUCUCCCCGACAUCAUCCUGUAGAUGUAACCUAUACCUGUAUUUGAAUCAAAAGAAAGAUUGAAAACAAACAGACAACCAAUCGUAGCUCUUGGAGUAUCACAGCAGGUUGUUCACCCCCUCUCCCUUUGGGUCCUGAUGGAUUCAUAAUAUCACAUAUUAUAUUUUCAUACUUUACAAUGCCUUAGGCAACCAAACAAGAGACAACUACAAAGAACCACACUCAACCCAUAUAUGAGGUCCUCUAAACCGAGGAGCAAAGGAUGUCCAGUCCGCAUCUCACACAGGUACGUUAAGGCCUAAAGGAACAUAAGUAUUCAAUCUCUCUAUCCACCCCCUCUCCAUCCUUUUCCACUGACCGACCGACCAACCAGGAUUCUCCUGCAAUCCCAUGAUUACCAGUGCCCCCUCUGUAUGCUCCUUAAAAUGAGUGGCCACUAAAAUACGUGGUCCAUCCGGACAGCACACAGGUGCUGUUGCAGACGCACUUUCAAGCGGGCCCUAGUCUCCCCCACAUACAUCAACCUACACUUGUUACACACAGAACGUGUUAUCAGGCACUGCUAUGGAGCGAAUCAUUUGCAGAAAAUAGUACGUGUCCUUUAAGUAACUAGAGUGUUUAUUUGAGAGAGGCCCCAGUAAAUGAGUCCAUAUACUGGGGAAUAUUGUACGUUGCGCAACUACAAUCGGAGACUAUCGGCCUCCCAGGUGGGACCUCAGACUGCACCGUCCACGUAUCGGGGUGCUUAUGAAUUUUCGGCAACAAGUAGAAUUGACGUGGGCGGGGAUCGUUGGACUCUAACAAAUAAUCGUGCUGUUUCGCAGAGAUGUAUUUCUUGUUGUGUAAUGAAUGGACAAUCUUCCUGUUUUCCAACUGCACCUCAGAUUGGAUUGAAUUUGGGAUGCUUUUGUAAUAUGUUUUUAUUUCCCCAAUUGCCUUUGAGCUUCCAACCUGUACUGCUGCUUAUCCAUAAUUACGAUUUUAGAGCCCUUAUCCGCCAGCCUAAUCACGAUCUGCUUGUUACCCUUCAGUUCCCUAAGUGCAUGUUCUUCCUCCACUGUAAGGCUAACUUCCCUUCCCACUGGUGGCCGAAACGAGUGAAAAACACUAAUGUGUCUCUUUAAUAAUCCUUUGAGCAGGUCACUCAGUGCUUCCCACUCCGGCUCCCAAACCGAUGGUAAGACAAGGGGCUCCCUACGAAAGUCAUCGUUUUCAGACUAGUCUCAUAAUUUCAAGCGUCUAUGAUACCAGUGUAAAGGAUUAGGGUAUACAGCUAGGGAAAGCAUUAUGUCAAUGGGACGUCCCCACGAGGAUAGCAAACUGUGUGUGUGUUCUGACGAGCAGGCUGUGAGAUGGAGAAAACUAAAUGUUCAGUCCAGAGCAGCUGAUUGAUUAGUUCACCCUUAGUGGAGCUUGUAUAUGUAAUCGAGCAGAGAGGAGUUCAGCAGAGACUGGAGGUAAACAUUUGAAUCCAGCAGAUCAGAUGUUUCGUUGUCAGUCUGCUUCACAUUUAGACUAAACACAUGUAUUGAAAACUUAAAAAAAUGAGCAUUUUUUUAACUAUGAUCCAUCAGCACUUGGACUGUUUUUUGAGAAGAGCAUUUAUUUUGUAUUGUUAUCAGUGUGACUGAUUAUACCAGACGUGUGUGCGUGUGUGUGCCUUCAUACAGAUGAUUGACACGAGAUAUUUGAGUGCAGAGGAGCUGGCCGACCUGAUGGCUGCCUUUUUACCCACUGAAUGAAAUCAUCACACAGACUAUAGAUUUCCACCAGCCCAGGCUUUGAAACACAUUCCUGCUGCUUUGGAUCUGAGAUUUACUGACAGGAAAGAAGAGUGUUCACCAACAGCAGAAA